UUAUGCUACCUGUCAUCAGCGUUACGCGCCAUGUGUUUUUCUCUGUGAACAAGCCAUACUUCUCCAGUUCUCGGGGCCGAAAACCGGUUUAAACGAAAUUAAGAAACAAAAUAUUAGAGUGAACAGAAAUUGAGAAGUAUCAAAUGAGGACCAUCGUGUCACGGUUGAUCCAUUCAAAACCAUCACCGUCUGGACUCUAUGCGGUGACUGCGUCAAGGAAUGGGAGAUAUCUGUCGAAUGAUUCUAAUAAGGUUGAUGAACUUAAGGUUGAGGAAGCGGAAACAGUAGAUGUGCCCCCGUCUCCAUCAGAGAAGUUACUUGUUUUGGGCGGCAAUGGGUUUGUUGGAUCACAUAUUUGUAGAGAAGCUUUGGACCGUGGUCUCACUGUUGCUAGCCUUAGCAGGUCUGGUCGAUCAUCUUUACAUGAUUCCUGGGCUAACAAUGUAAUUUGGCAUCAAGGAAACCUUCUUUCACCUGAUUCAUGGAAGGAAGCUUUGAAUGGGGUGACUGCUAUUAUCUCCUGUGUUGGUGGUUUUGGAUCCAACUCUUACAUGUAUAAGAUCAAUGGGACUGCAAACAUCAAUGCAAUUAGAGCUGCUUCAGAAAAAGGUGUAAAAAGAUUUGUUUAUAUAUCUGCUGCUGAUUUUGGCAUAGCAAAUUACUUGCUGCAUGGAUAUUAUGAGGGAAAGAAAUCUGCUGAAACAGAGUUACUGACCAAAUUCCCUUAUGGAGGAGUGAUUUUGAAGCCUGGGUUUAUAUAUGGAACUCGAACUGUUGGGAGCAUGAAAGUACCUCUAGGCGUAGUUGGUUCUCCUUUGGAGACGGUUCUCCAACACGCUAAACCAUUGAAUCAGUUGCCGCUUGUUGGACCUCUGUUCACUCCUCCUGCUAAUGUCACUGCCGUAGCCAAAGUUGCUGUGAGAGCUGCAACUGAUCCUGUGUUUCCUCCUGGCAUUAUCGAUGUCCACGGAAUUCUACAUUAUUGCCAACAGAAGUCGAGAUAGAUUUGUUCAACUCUUUACCUUCUUUUUCCCUUUUUUCAUCAAUAUAGAGCUGUCAAUACUAGACGACAAUAUUUUCUUGUUAAAUGGAACUUCACAGAAUGUUCGGCGUUCCGAGUUUGAGUUUUUGGCAAACUGAGAUUAAAGAUUUGUUUCAGUCU